AUGCCAACUACUCGGAGCGGUACAAACUCUACACCUGCUCCUACUGCUGGUGCUGCCAAUCAACCGGUCAGCCCUGCAACUCCAACUGUUGGCACCACUGUCGGUACACCUGCCAAUGCUACCGUACAACCUGGUGUUACUUUUGCAAGCCUAGAUGAGGCUGAGCUCCUGGAACUGAAGUACAAUGCACCCAUUCUUGACGCACAAGGGGUGGAUACUGGCCAAACUCAGCUUACUCAGCUUGAGCGGCCCCAUCGUGGUACUCUCCGGGCUUUACUUGGGUUUGCUUACCUUUGUCAAAACGUCCAUUGCGAUCCGAUCACCCCGAUCAAUUGCAUGAACAUCGACGUACAAGCAUUCCUGAAUUAUCAAUGUUGUGGUGACUUUAUAGUUUUUAAUAACUCUCCUUUACCACAACCUCUUGUAUCUAAGCCUGAUCGUCGUACACCUGCUGAUUCGUUCCAGAAGAGCUUGAAACUCGAUCCUGAAGCAUACCCAACUCUCAACACUGAUGAAGAGUGGGACAGCUUCCAUCGAACCUUUAGUUCCACUGCACGUGUCCAUAACACACUGAACGUAUUGGAUCACUGCUAUGUGCCCAAAUCUGUGGACGAACGGGACCUCGUCCAGAAACAGCAGGUCUUCAUGUACACCAUCUUCCUGCACAAGUUGCAGACCAACACUGGCAAAUUUUUGGUGCAAAAGUACCAAGAGACCUUCAACGCCCAGCAGAUCUGGGCUGAGCUCUCCGACCACUGUACUACAUCUGCAGUGGCCGAAACGCAAGCUAGUGAUUUGAUGACUUGGUUGACUACCAAGAGACUCAUCAAAUCGGACUGGACCGGCAAACAUGAGGCCUUUGUCCUCAAUUGGCUGGAACAAGCUCGUACCUACAACGAACUCGCUACUGACAAAAUGGCCGACUCACAGCUUUGUAUACUACUUCGGAAUGCCAUCCAACCGACUCCGCAUCUGCGACAGCUCAAGACUAAUUCUAGACUCUUGUCCGCGCAGACCGAUAACAAUUACAUAGAUGAUUCUGUUACUCCUGAUUUUGACUUGGACACUGAUCGACGUAUUAUUGAAGUCUUCCAAGCCACUUCUCAUUGUCCCACACGUCCUAGACUUGACAAUGCUACCUGGCAGCAACUGGAUGACCAAGCUUGUCGUGCCUGGCACCAACUCCCAGACGCGGCCAAGGCCACCAUCCUCAAGGGCACGUCCUCAACCCCACCAACUGGGCCUCCAGACAGUCAUCUAGCCACCGUACGCAACACAUUUGCACCCAAACAUGGGGAGCUACAACGGCCAAUGAGCGAGGAAUCAGACCGCCAAGCUACAGUAGACGUGAUCAGUUAUCAGUAUAGUGACACUACUAGUCCUACUACUAUUGUUUCUUCCGCUCUACCACCUAGUAUUCGCGCGUCUGACGGUGUCAAUAUACUCAAUGGUAGUAGCGCCACCCAACUUGUUGGCACACAAAACACCAUGAGUAGACCGACACUAAACAAGCGUGACAUUGCACAUGAUGUCAUACUCGACUCCAACCUUGAAUGGGACCAAACUCUAUUGGAUCCCAACAUUAACAAGCUGGACGAACAGGGCAAAGGUGAGAGACCGUUUGAUAGAGUAGGCAUCCUAAAGAGUAAUAAAACUAUUUUAACUCUGAAUGAAGCCUCUGACAAUGAGACUCUCGACUGA